AUGACCAUCCAAGCCUCAAACUUCACUCCUGAAGUGCUCCUCUCGGCACCUCGUCGCUCGACGGCCAUCCCCAACCCUUCCGGGCAGCUUGCUCUUUACACAGUCUCGUCGUACUCGUUCGACACUCAUUGCAAAUCCUCCUCCAUCCGAAUUCUGAACAUCAAGGAUGGAAGUUCGGAAAUUAUCUCCGACAACUUGGGGGCUACCGACCCGGUAUGGCUCAGCGACGAGGAAGUCUUGUACCUCCAACCGGGCGAGAAUGGAUGCACCAUGCUCAUGUCGCAGCAUGUGUCGGACAAUUCCAAGCCGCAGGUGGUUCAUCAUCUUGCUGGUACCAUAUCGAGUCCCAAGGUCAAGCAGAUAUCGUCUGGCAGGGUCGCCAUUUGCUGCGCAGCCGCGACGACGCCGACGGGAGAAAUAUACUGGCCCCCAGCCGAAGUCAAGUCUCACUCGACGGCCAAGAUUUACACAUCCUUAUUCGUCCGCCAUUGGGAUACCUGGAUGACGGAAAAUGAAAACUCGCUUUGGUACGGCCAACUGGCCAAGAAGGAUGGCAGAUGGGUUCUUGAGAGCCCCGGGCUCACCAACCUGCUUGCCGAUACCGGAUUGUGCUCCCCGGUCCCUUUUGGUAGCGGUGGCGACUUUGACAUCUCGGCUGACGGCAUUUGCUUCGUUGCCAAGGACCCCAGUCUGAACCUUGCGAGAUACACCAAAACUGACCUGUACUACGUUCCCAUCAAGUCCUUCGUAAAGAAGCCAUCAGUCCCACCACAGAUGAUCAAGACCGGCGACCUGCGAGGCUUCAGCACCUCCCCGACCUUCUCGAAUGAUGGGAGGCAGAUUGCAUUCUGCCGAAUGAAGCAUGACCAAUACGAGUCCGACAAGUCGAGACUGCUGAUGAUUCCUGACGUCAACGAUCUUACCUGCUUUCAAGAGUUUUACGAGACGGCCGACGGCGAGGGCGGAUGGGAUCUGAGACCAGACAUGAUAACGUGGAGUCACGACGGGAAAGAGCUGUACGUUGGAGCCGAGAUGCAUGGGAGAGUCAAGCUUUGGAAGCUGCCUUCGUGCCCCCGCCAAGCCAAGAAGCUGCCCGUUUCCAUUCACGACGACGGCUGUGUUGCCGAAGCGAAGCUCCUCGGCCACGGACCGCUGCUGCUCAUCACGACAAAGUCUCGUGUCGAGAGCUCAAGCUACUCCGUGCUCGAUCCAUCCUCGACGCAGAAGAAGGAGAUCUCGACCAGCUCGAAGAAUGGCAAGUCAUUCGGUCUGUUCAGAUCGCAGUGCGACGACAUCUGGUAUCCUGGUUCGGCAGGCUACAAUAAUCACGCCCUCGUCACGAAGCCAUCUGAUUUCGACCCUUCCAAGAAGUACCCCCUCGCGUUUUUGAUCCACGGCGGACCGCAGUCGGCAUGGGUGGACGAUUGGAGUACCCGAUGGAACCCCGCCAUCCUGGCCCAGCAGGGCUACGUCGUCGUCGCACCGAACCCGACCGGCAGCACGGGCUAUGGCCAACGUCACACGGAUGCCAUCGCCUGCAACUGGGGCGGUACGCCGUAUAGGGAUCUCGUCCAAUGCUUCGAGUACCUGGAGAAGAAAGUAAGCUACGUCGACACGACGCGCGCCGUCGCUCUAGGCGCUUCCUACGGCGGCUACAUGAUCAACUGGAUUCAAGGCCAUGACCUCGGACGCAAGUUUAGAGCCUUAGUGUGUCACGAUGGCGUCUUCUCGACGCAGAACCAGUGGUCAACCGAAGAACUGUGGUUCCCGGAACAUGAUUUCGGAGGUACCCUUUGGGAAAGCCGAGCGAUUUACGAGAAAUGGGACCCGUCGCGUCAUGUUCAGAACUGGGCCACGCCGCAACUCGUGAUCCACAAUGAGCUCGACUACCGCCUGCCUGUGUCCGAGGGCCUGGCUAUGUUCAAUGUGCUUCAAGCCCGCGGCGUACCCAGCAAGCUUGUCGUGUUCCCGGACGAGAACCAUUGGGUGCUCAAGCCCGAGAACUCGUUGGUGUGGCAUAGGGAAGUCAUUGACUGGAUCAACAAGUACAGUGGUAUCAACGAUGAGCACAAUGCCUAA